GUACUAAGAGCAACACAUUCUCAGCACAACACAGAGAGAAUCCACUAACAUGCCCUCAUAGAUUUUUCUCCCAGUUUUAUAGUCCACGAAACCCCACACACUCUCUGCUCUCUCUCUCUCCAAUCCUGAUGUCGAUGAUUCCUUGAGUAAUUACUUCCCAAUCUCUCGGACCUCUUUCUCUUUCUCUCUCUAUCUAAGCAACUGAUCAUUCUUUACUCACCUAACCUUUUUUCUCCUUGACCCACGACUUCUGUUCAUCUCCGGUUUUCCAUUCAAAUCCUGGGCGGAAUCUUAAAACCCUCCUCAUUGUAUACACGCAAAGCUGGCGUAAUUUAGGUAGCGAACAAAAGCAUGAACUGAUGAACGAAUCGAUUCUGUGCAAUUACGUCUUUUAUUCUUCAUUGAUUUCUCAAUAACUCAUAAUUCUCGAUUGCCAUCUGUUCUACAAAGCAAUCCGAUUCCACUUGGGAUUCUUCAGAUCUAGUUGAGUUCCUGAUGAUGCCAAUACGACAGUGUCGGUUGUUGACAAGAACCUUCUCUACCCUUCUACGCAUAUGGUAAACAUCCAACCUUUUCCGCAAACUUUGUUCUAAGAUGCUUUCUAGGAUACUGCUUUUGCCAUCAGAGCUACUGGAGUCGACUGUAGUAGGAUACUCUCAGAUCCAAUGCCAAAGGUGUGUUGUUGAAUUCGCUAUCCCUGCAAACACAUUACCCAGAAGGUUAUUUCAUUAGGAACCUUCCAUUUUAAGAUGCAACCAAGGGCUCUAAAUGUAGAGGAAGGGAAGGACUUGCCCGCCACAACCAGAACUACCCAGUCUAGGGUUUUACCACUGAGAAUAUUGCAAUUCUUUGUGCUAUUUCUGGUUUUGGGUAUUGGGUUUUCUGUCCUUAGCAUGUACAUGAUCCGGUAUUUCUCAGUUCAGAAUGUUGUCACCACGGCACGGUCCAGUUUCCAGCCGUGCCUCGAAGAGCCGAAUAGUCUAGAGCGUUGGAUCAGGCCUCCCUCCAGUCUGAUACACAAGAUGAGUGACCAGGAGCUCUUCUGGCGUGCUUCUUUCGUUCCUCGAGUAAAGAAGUAUCCAUUUAGGCGAGUUCCUAAGAUUGCUUUCCUGUUCCUGACGAGGGGUCCUUUGCCGCUUGCUCCUCUUUGGGAGAGGUUCCUCAAGGGUCAUGCAGGACUUUAUUCCAUCUACAUUCAUUCAUUGCCAUCUUACGAUGCCAAAUUUCCACCUACAUCAGUCUUCUACCGGAGACAGAUUCCGAGCCAGGUGUCUGAAUGGGGGAAGAUGAGCAUGUGUGAUGCUGAAAGAAGACUCCUAGCAAAUGCAUUACUUGAUAUUUCCAAUGAAUGGUUUGUUCUUGUGUCUGAAUCAUGCAUUCCUCUCUACAAUUUCAGCAUUAUCUACAACUACAUAGCAAGAUCCAGGUAUAGUUUUAUUGGUGCAUUUGAUGAUCCGGGGCCAUAUGGUAGAGGACGUUAUAAUGAGAACAUGGCACCUGAGGUCAACAUCACUCAAUGGCGUAAAGGAUCUCAGUGGUUUGAGAUUAAUAGGAAGCUUGCAAUCAAUAUAGUAGGGGAUGUCAUAUUCUACCCAAAGUUUGAAGAGUUCUGUAAACCAAAUUGUUAUGUGGAUGAGCAUUAUUUCCCAACGAUGCUGACUAUUCAGGCAGCACAGCUCUUGGCAAAUAGGAGCAUAACUUGGGUGGACUGGUCAAGGGGUGGUGCUCACCCAGCUACAUUUGGGAGAGCUGAUAUUACAGAGGAUUUCGUGAAGAGGAUUCUCGAAGGUCAUAGCUGUCUUUACAAUAACCAGCCUUCUUCUGUAUGUUAUCUCUUUGCGAGGAAAUUUGCUCCAAGUGCAUUAGAGCCUUUGUUCUUUUUGGCACCAAAGUAUUUUGGAUAUUGAACAAAACCACUUUAGAAUGUUUCUUGCUGCUGCACUGAAGUGGUGCCUGUCUGGCAGUGGGAGCUUGGGUUUGCACAGAAUCUGGAGGUUGGAUCCUUUUUAUGACUUAACACUAUCUGGGAUCCUUUAUAAAAUGCUUUAGGUGAUAUGACGUUGGUGUAAACGUUGAGAUUAGGUCUGAAAAUAUCCUCUCUAAUGGAUAUAUGUGGUUGCACUCUUUAUACAUGGUUCAUAGAAGCAUUUUUUGGAUGUACAGAAAGACAGGAGACAGACUUGGGUUUCACACCCUACAUCUGUUAACCGAGUUAAUAGUAUUCAUUUUUUUUUGGAGUUUCAAUCUUUUCAUGUUUUUUUUUUUAGCUGCGUAUGUUAUGAUAACUUGACGAGUGCAGAUCUCCCUCCGGUGGUUUUCUUGUUCCUUUUCUUACAAUCUUCAGUUCUAUAGCAUUUUGUUCUUGGUUUUAUUUUAA